AUGGCUCGAGAACUGGAGCGCUACAGGGUGAACAUUGCCGCACUCAGCGAAACCCCCUUUUCCGAACAAGGCCAACUGGGGGAGGUUGGUACCGACUACACCUUAUUCUAGAGCUGUCGUCUUAAGGCAGAGCGACGACACGCGGGUGUCGCAUUUGCCAGUCAGAACGACAUCAUGGGACGACUGCCUUAUCUACGGCAGGGCAUCAACGAUCGACUGAUAAGCCUUCACGGGCAUGUCCGAGGAGUCGAAUUCGCCACCAUCAUCAGUGCCUACACUCCGCCGAUGACCAGCCCUGGCGCCGCAAGGGACAAAUUCUACGAUGACCUGCACGUUCUCCUGGUGACUAUGCCGGAGGCGGAUAAGUUACUUGUCCUUCGUGACUUCAACGCCCGCGUCGGCACAGAUCAUGCUGUCUAG